UCGUUUGCCUGCUCGCGUGCUUUACGGUUCGAGAUUAACGAGAAAAUCUUGUAAAAACCUUUCUGGGCAAAGCCCCAAAUCACUCUCCAGUUUCCAAAAAUCGAACGUAAAAGAAAUUUCCAAAAAUCACACGAGAAAGCCUCGAACAAGUGCCCAAACUUUGAUACCAUUCUUUUUUUUGCGUGCCAAUAAAACGACAACAAAACAGCGAGAACGCCUUGUAUGGAGGUAUGUGAGUCUGAGCAUCUGAGUAAACACAAAAUAAGGAUAAAUGCGGAGUAAGAGAAAACAAAUUGGUUAAAAGCGGGCCAUAACAGUAAAGGAACAACAAAGUGUGUGCUUGCUCGUCCGUGUUUGCGUGUCAUGUCCACAGAUAAUCCCACACAGUUGCUGACCACCCGCGAUCUGAGCCAACUGCGUGGCCAUCUGCAAUCCGGCCCAGCGGUGGCCUCCACGCCCAUUUCUGUGGUGGCAGCGGCGCCAGUGGCUGCCGCCCAUGGAUACCGCACCAUAGCCCAGCCGCCACCGCCAUCACCCGCCAUCAUCAGCAGCAGCACCAGCGGCAGCAGCGUCAGCCUUAGCUCCAGCACCACCAGCACCACAGCAACUUCGUCGGGAGCACCGACGACCAUCAUACCACCAGUUAUAUCCACAAGCAAUAGCAACAUGCCGGCCAGUGCCUCGAAAUAUGUAUUUCUGCAACACAAUCACAACGGUGGCUUCACCGCCUACGAUGGCACAGCCACGACGACGGCCACGGGCAGUCCCGGAACCGUUGGCUCCACCGGUGGCAACAUAGUGCUCCUCGCCGCCGAACCCCUGGAGAUGGGUGCGUCGGAGACCCUGGUCAAUGUGCGGACCACCGAAGACGAUGGCGAGCUGCGCCCCUUGUCCUGGCUAAACGACACCAACCUGAUCAAGGGCAUUGUGACCACGACAGCGGGCCAGGCAGGGAAACGUGGGGCAGCGGUGGCCAUUAAGACGACAGCGGGCGCCGGCUCAGGUGCUCCCAAUGGCAAUCUGUGCAUAGUGAGCGAUCUGAUCGAGGAGCUGCCCACCAAUCUGAGUGAGACCAGUGACCAGGAGCCGGUUGGGGGAGCAGCCAGUGGCUCGGCAGCUGUGUACAGCACCACCACGGUGCACAAGGGAGCCAGUGGCACCACCACCGUGGUGGAGUACAAGGCCAGCAAGGCGGGCCAACAGCAGCAGCAGCAGCAGCAGCAGGCGACCUAUUUGCCAACGCCAACGAGAACUACAAUGGUGGGUCAUGGCUAUAUGCCCGUGGUGGUGAGCAGUGCCACUGCGUCCACCACUCUACUCUCGCCCGCCAAACAGCAGCAGCUCCAGCAGCAGCAGCAGCAGAUCUAUGUGACCAGCAAUGGGAGUGCAGUUGCAGCAGCAGCAGCAGCAGGAGGAGUCGGAGUAACCCCCACCGGGGGAGGAGCCAUCUACAAGGCGGCCAGCCAGGCCCUGUGCUCGCCAACCACCAGCAACAACAGCAGCAGCAGCAGCAACACCACCACCCACCAUCCGCACAAGAAGUAUCUGCGCGAGAAGAUGCACGUCCAGAUGGAUCACAGCAGCCAGGUGGCCUCCACGGUGACGGUGGUCAGUUCGCCGGCCUCCUCCAACAAUUCCUCCAUAAGCAGCUCCAAUUCUGGCUCCGCCUCCGGCUCGGGAUCCUCGACGGCGGCCGUGAAUGGCGGCAACAGCCCAGUGCCCAAGGCGGGCAGUUUCAGCACUGUCUUCGAGGCGGUCAACUAUGCCACCUCGGUGGCCAGCAGCAGCAGCGGCAGCAACAGUAACAGCAACAGCACGCCCAGCAGCCAGGCGAUGCUGCAUGGCCAGGAGCCGGCAUCGGUGGUGACCACAACGACCCUGAUCAGCGCCGGAUCCCUGCCGCCGGGCUAUAGCUUUGUCAACCACGUGGCCAGCACGCCGCACGUCAUUUCCACGCCAGCGCAUGUGGCCUCGCCGGAGACGCCGCCAGGAGCCGCCUUGUUGCCCGGGACUUACUACACCACCAGCACCUCUGCAGCGGGCACCACCACCACGACCUUACAGCCGCGCAGUCUGCAGCUUUCCGUUUCCCCCCCGCCGCCAAAUAUGACGCCCACGAGUCAUGUGCACAAUGGUUCUCUGGGAGGGGGAGGUCCGGCAGGCUCCGGAGGCUCCGGAGGGGGAGGAGCUGUCAACCUGCGCAGUCCCAACAGCUACACCAGCUACGACAACGAGGAUUCGCUGAAGGAAUUCGACCUGGUGGUCAGCUCGCGGAUGCACACAAGCACACCGCAAUACUCGGUGUCCAAGAACGGAGCCAAUGGCUAUGGCAGUGGCAACGGCAACGUGAAUGGCGCCGGCGCCGGUUCCAAUACGCCGCAGAAGCAGAAGCAUCCCAAUAACGUGCCAUACGAUCCGCUAGUGCAUACCAAUAACAAGCCGCCAUAUAGCUUUAGUUCCCUGAUCUUCAUGGCCAUCGAGGGCUCCAACGAGAAGGCACUGCCCGUGAAGGAGAUCUAUGCGUGGAUCGUGCAGCACUUUCCGUACUUCAAGACGGCGCCCAACGGCUGGAAGAACAGUGUGCGCCACAAUCUGUCGCUGAACAAGAGCUUUGUGAAGGUGGAGAAGGCACCGAACAUGGGCAAGGGUUCGCUGUGGCGUGUGGAGCCGCAGCAGCGCCAGAAUCUCAUCCAGGCGUUGAAUCGAUCGCCCUUCUUCCCGAACUCGGCGGUGGACAAGAUCAGUCCGUCGCUCAAGAGUCCCGGUGGUGGCUCCGCCUACGAUAGCCUCGAUGGUGGCGCCGUGUCCUCCUCCGUGCAGUCGGUGGCCACGGGAGCAGGAGCUGGAGCUGGAGCUGGCGUUCCUGCCACCGCCGCUGCCGUGGCCCUGUCCACGCCCACGAAAAGCAAUGGUCUGGUGCUGGCCAACGGUGCUAGUCAGGCCACCAAUGCGGCCAGGCCGCACAGUCCCAAUGGCGGUGGCAGCGGCAGUCAUGCCCGCUUCGAUCCCAAGCUCUUUCCCAACCUGUCCAAGGCCUUCCGCAACAUACGCGAGGAUGCGGCCGGACAGCCUCUGCCUCAGGAUGCCAUCAACGAUGAUGAUGCGUCCGAGGAGUAUCACAACAAUAACAAUAAUGUUGGCAACAAUGGCAGCAAGUACAAUUACGUGGGCAUGAAUGGCAGCGGAGGAGCUGGCAGUGGCGCGGCCACAAAUGGCGCCUCCGAUGGCAUCAACUUCGAGCGACUGGCCCGCGACUGUGGGGCGGACAGCAUGGACGAUGUGCACGCGGCGGCGGCGAUGCUCUUCCUCAAACACGGACCAAAGGCCUUCCAGAAUGGGAGCGCCCCGGUGAUAACGAGUUCGCCGAGCGAGGAUCACACGUACUCGGCGGGCGGCAACAGCAAUGCGGACAGUGGCUCCUCCACGCCGCUGACCAAUGGCAAUGUGCUGGCCAGCGUGGCGCAGGCGGUGGCCCAGGCCCAGAACAACCAGGGCGGAGCCGGCUCCGAUAGCAACUGCGCCAGCUCGGACGCCGCCUACGACAGCAGCGAGGAGAAUCACAACAUCACGCCCGAGGAGAUGGCCGAUCGGCAGCGACACCGCGACGGCGUGGACGCCCUGCUCUCCCUCUCCCGCUCCUCGAUCGUGGAGUGCGGCUCGGUGGCCACCACCCACUACCACAGCAACGGCAGCAGUGGCAGCAGUCACGGGUCCCCGCACAAGCGCGCCUCCAGCCAGAGCUUGGAGGAGGAACAUCUGCAGCAGCACAGGGAGCAGCAGCACCAGCAGCAGCAGCAGCAGCAGCAGCAGCAGCAACACCAGCAGCAGCACCCGCAGCAGCAGCACCUCCAGCAGCAACACCUCCAUCAGCAGUUCGGCAGCAAUGGCAACCAGGCGGUCUACACCAAUGGCAGUGGCAGCAAGAUGGCCCUACUGAGCAGCGCCGCUGCCAAUGUGGCGCUGGCCCAACAGCAGCAGCAGCAGCAGCUUCACCAGGAUCUGUACUCCUCGACGGCCGGGCACAAUGCCGGCAUCUAUCUGGGCGGCUUGAGCAACCACUGUCUGCCCGGCUCGGGCUCGGUGGGCGUGGCGGCGGGCAUGCUGCCCCAGCAUUUGAGCGCUGCCAUGGUGGCGGCGGCGGCGAGCAAGAACAAGGUGAAGCCGCUGCGAGGACUGCGCACCAAGAUCAAGCGCAAGUCCGCCUGGAUGCGGUGAAUAUGGCGACAGGCUGGCGGCAAGUGCACCUAGUACAGCCUCCAUGGGAACGCCUGCUUACCACGCCCCCCCAGUACCGCCCCGGUACCGCCCUGCCCUGCCCCCCAGCGACCUCUUGUUGUCUCUUUCUAAAGCAAAAAUUGUUCAAAUCACAGAGCAUUUAGACUAAAUUUCGUAACCUUAAUAUGGGGCCCUAGGUGGGCCCAUCUCUUCCCUUUCUUUGCUCUAGUUUUCUACAAGAUUUUUGUGUGUGUUUUUACCCCUUCCGUGUUUGUUAUACAAAUUAUUGACUAUUUUUUUUGAUUAUUAUUUUAAAUUUAGCCAUAAAGAACAUUUUUUUUUUGACUUUACUUUGCCCCGCAAUCGAUUGUUGGCCAUUUAAUUGUAACUUGAUUAAUUAUUAUUGUAUGAUUUACUAGCCAUCCUAGCUGCAAUUUCGUAUAACUCUUAGCUGUUAAGUGCAAUUCUGAUUUUUUUUAGCUUGUAAUUUUAAUUUGUGCAAAUAUUUAACAGACCAAUCGCAGGAAGAGCAUACUUUUUACACAGUACCAGAUGAGAGAACCAGAGUCAUGGCCCCCAUUCGUUGUUAGCCAUCUAGUUUAUUCGUUUUGACUCGCGAAUCGAGGGACACAAACUAAGUGAACUUUUCCAGCGUAUCAGUGACAAGGUUUAUAUCAAGUGAAACAUAAACGAAAAACACCAAUAAAUCGAGCUAAGUAAGAGAAAUCAAAGAAAACAUGAAACAAAAUAAGGAAACGCAAAAAAAAAAUUGUAAAAAACGCAAGAAAAAAGGAAAAAAGCCAGAAGGCAAAGGCAAACGCAACGUUUGUACAAAGAGCAACCAGAAUUAGGAUAGAUUCUUUUUUAUUUCGGCUGAGGGCCGCAGACAGUGUGUUUGCCACACUUAUAGGAUCCAAAAAACACCCUACUUACAUGAUCUAACGAAAGCGAUAUAAGAAGAUAUACACAUAUACAUAUAUAUACAAGUAGAAGGAGAGUUAUAUAGAGAAACCUAAGAUGUAAGCCAAGCAAGAAACCCACAAAGGAACACACAUUUAGCGCCUUAUACAUUGAGUCCUUAGCUAAACACAAAGAGAGAUAUGUUGAAUUGUUUGAACUGCUUUGUUAUACGAAUGCAUGAGUACAUAUAUAUAUAUAUAUAUAAAUCUAUAUAUAUCUAAGGCCCCUUUCUCUUUAACCCCCCCCCACAAAAAACAAAACACGACACUCAAGCAAAUGUUAAAUCAAAGAUAUUUAGUUGGUAAGCCGGGGAGUAGAACGAGGAGCCUAAUUGUAAGCUUCAUUUAGAUGGUUACGUAGUCGAAAUGCUAAACAUUUGUUAAUGAACCUCCCCCCAGGUGUAUAUACAAGCUGUUGAAAGCAAUGCUGCACAUCUUUACAUAGGCAUAUUGUGGAAACCAAGAAAUACUUAUUAACAUUUACAUAAGCGAACGGAAGAACUUGACAAAGAACGCCCUAAGUGUAUACACUUCAUGUACCUUUUUAGCAAAAAGCAAAAACGCAAAAGCAAAGAUCGCAUUAAAAACUAUAUACAUAUACAUAUUAUAUUUAAAUUACCAAUUACGAAACUAAACUAAAUGUUGAUGUCAAAGAGAAACCAAUUUGCUAGUUGUUACAAACAAGGAAAACCCAGAAAAGCAAAACACGAAAACGAAAAAAGAAAAUGUUACAAAUAUUUUGUUCCCUCAAACACACUUAUUACUAAGAUUAUGGUUUUUUGUUUUCUAGUUUAAUUACGUAAGAAUAUGGCCUUGAAGCAUGUUAUCGGGGAAGGAAUGUGACUAGAUACCAGAAGCGAGAACAACAAAGUAAUUGUACACUUAGCUUUAACUUAAGGUCCUGCAGAGAGAAUGGAAACCCCCUUCUUGAGCCCCCCUCGCACGACACACAGUGAAAGACAAUCGCCGCCCGUGUUGUUGUCGUUGUCGCUUAAGUUUAAACAAAUUCUAUGUAGCUGUAGAGACACCUACGAGUAGUCUAUAUUUAAAUUACAGACAGCAAUAGCAGAGUACAUAUACGACAAAUAUUGUUAUGCAACCUUAAGCUUUAGCCGAGCAAGCUGGAGAACUAUCUUACCGAGCCCAAAAGUCCCAGAACCCCCCUAGAUCCCCCAUAUCUCCCACAAACCGACGAGCUAACCAGUUUUGUUAACGUGUUUUUUCUUCUACUUUAAUUAUUAUAUCGCAUCAUUAUUAUUAUUAUUAUGGUAUAUAUACCUAUAUAUUUAAUUGAUUAUACAACUUUUUUUGCGUACCAAAUACACACCAAUCCAAUGUGAAAUAUUUUCUUUA